AUGCCAGUCCUCUCUUUCCACACCAACGUCAGUGCUGACAAGGUUACGCCGGAUCUUCUGAAGCAGAUCUCCUCACUUGUAGCCCGCAUUCUACACAAACCCGAAAGUUAUGUUUGUGUGCAUGUGGUGCCAGACCAGCACAUGAUUUUCGCCGGAACUGAUGAACCGUGUGGAGUUGGUGUGCUAAAAUCGAUCGGAGGUGUUGGCGGAAGCAAGAACAACGAACAUGCGAAGGCCUUGUUCGCACUCAUCAAGGAUCACCUCGGAAUUGCUGGAAACAGGAUGUAUAUCGAGUUCGUCGACCUUGGCGCUCAGGAUAUUGCCCACAAUGGCAGAACUUUCGCUUGA